AUGAUGGAACUCCCAUUGUAAGUUUAUUUCAUAAAUGGUUUUGUAGUUUCAAGCUUGUAUUUUGAUAUGAUUCAUGAUUUAUUUGAUAGUGCUUGCGCAAGUUGACUUUACGAGGGGCUAUGAAGGAAGAUUCUAUAUUUUAAGAAUCUAAUUUUCCGUAGGCAUGGCGAAAUUCGCAUUGAAAAUGGGACUUUCCCAAUUUGGCAAUGAUUUUACAUAGUAUAAUACAAAUAUCGUCCUGUUGCAAAAGAUCUCAAACGUUGAUCUAAAAUCUUACAUAUCGGAGGUUAAGAUGGUCUUUAAUAGUCUCUAUAAUGCCCCUCCGACAUCUCUAUCAACCUCUCCGCCUAUCUUUUUCUCAAUGAUUAGAUAAAAACUCUCCUCCCUUCCAAUGCCCAUAAUUUUUAUCUCUCAUGUCGAUCUGAACUUCGACUUUUUGUCCAUUACAGACGAAUGUUCUCAGUCCUCCGUCCCAGUCCAGCGUUUCACCAACAGUUCCGAAUGGCCUCAUUAUUGAUCCAAGAUCCCAAGUACUCGUUUCUAAAGGAUUUGGGCCUCAAAGACGUAAAUUCUGGAGUGUUCGAUGGGAAAUGGAAGACAGGCAAUGGUCGUCUGGUUGAAUCGUUGAGGUCAGCACUUUUUAUCUGAUAAUUUUGCCUUUGAAAUGAGAAAAAUAAUUUUUAAGUCAUGUGAUGACCUAAAGUAGUAUAAUUUUUGUCGCAAAAUCCCGUGUUUUCAGCCCAGCAAACAACAAGCCGAUUGCCAAGGUACAGUUUGGCGAUUUGAAAGACUAUGAAGCCGUUAGUUCGGCAACCAAAGCUGCCUGGAAGGAAUGGGCGGCACUUCCAGCACCUCAACGAGGAGAGAUUGUCCGGCAAAUUGGAGAUAAAUUACGGUCGCAGAUUAAUAAUCUAGGAAAGCUGGUAAGGGCUUGUUUAAUUCUGAAACUAUUUUUUGCCAUUUAAAAGCAAAUCGGCAUCAUUUCUAAAAAUUGAUGACAGAAGGUCAUGCAUAAUAUAAAAAAUCUAUUUUCCUCCAAAAUAAUGCCAAAAUCAAUCUUCAGGUGUCCCUCGAAAUGGGAAAGAUCCUCCCUGAAGGAGUUGGUGAAGUCCAAGAAUACGUGGAUAUUUGUGAUUAUGGAGUUGGUUUAUCCAGGAUGUUUGCGGGUAAAAUCAUCCCGUCUGAGCGGCCGAACCACAAACUCCUCGAGGAAUGGAAUCCUUUGGGUGUUGUUGGCGUCAUUUCGGCUUUCAACUUCCCCUGCGCCGUUUAUGGAUGGAAUAAUGCGUUGGCCUUGGCAUGCGGGGAUACCGUACUUUGGAAGCCGGCCCCCACCACGCCUUUGACUUCUAUCGCGAUGAUCAAGCUGAUUGAACAAGUUUUUGUCGAGAAUAAUCUCAAUCCGGCAAUUUGCACGCUGAUCUGUGGAGAUGCCGAUGUAGGAGAGGCGUUGAGCAAGGAUAAAAGGGUGAACUUGGUGUCCUUCACUGGAAGUACUCAGAUUGGAAAAUUGGUCGGAGAAACGGUUCAAAGUCGAUUCGGAAAGGUGAGUUGGAUACAUCAGGCAGUCUGAAAUUGAGAGACAAUGCACAAAUAUUGCAAUGUAAUAGCGAUUUAAACGCGAAACCUGGAUUGUUUUCGAAUCAAUUGCUUUCGUGGCGGGACCCAAUGUUUGAAACUAGAAAGCAAUGAUGAUUUAAGAAGCGUAUAAGGCCUAAAAUGAAUUAAAAAAGUUUCCAAGAGUACUUAAAAAAACUGACGGAAUUUUUGGAUUCCAAAUUGUUUUCGUUGCGGGACUCACAUGGCUAAUAUUUUUGAGAACAAAUGAGUUAUUUAGUGCCUAAGUUGGAGUUAUUUUAUGCAAAAAUGAUCACGUGAAAUCUCAGAAUUAUGGGUUUUAAAUUUUAAUGAUGCUAGGAAAAAAAUUAGAUUUUGAUCAAGUACAAUAUAUGUUCUGGUCAAAAAUCGGCCUUCUGUGCCCCAACGUCUAAUUUAAUAUACGGUAUAUAAAUUACCUAUGACUUUUUAGAGCCUCCUUGAGCUCGGUGGAAAUAAUGCCCUUAUUGUGAUGGACGAUGCCGACUUGGACAUGGUAGUCCCGGCUACAGUAUUCGCAUGUGUCGGAACGGCUGGCCAACGAUGCACCACGACCCGACGACUAAUUGUGCAUGAGAAGGUCUAUGAUGAAGUGGUCGCUCGGAUGGUCAAAGCAUAUAAACAACUGGAAAGUCGAAUCGGAGAUCCGUUGGAAGCAAAAACAUUAAUUGGACCUCUCCAUGGAAAACAAUCUGUUGAAAACUAUCAAAAAGCAAUCGAAGCAGCUAAGAAACAAGGAGGAAAAAUUGCUUAUGGAGGCAAGGUUUUGGAUGGCGAAGGAAAUUAUGUUCAGCCGACCAUUGUCACCGAUCUGAAACAUGAUUCUGAAGUCGUCUUAACCGAAACUUUUGCUCCGAUUGUCUACGUUUUGAAGGUUAAGGACUUGGAUGAAGCCAUUGAAGUGAAUAAUGAGGCCGCUCAAGGAUUAUCGUCCAGUCUCUUUACCAAUGAUCCAGGAAAUAUCCACAAAUGGAUUGGGUAAGUGGAUUUGAUGACAUGGGUAACAUAAUAUCUCCGUGAAUAGGAGGUGGAUUGCAUUGAAAUUUGACGGAAAUACUUAUAAUGAGCCGGAGGAUGAGUUCUGAGGUUUUGAAGUUUACCUUAAGGAGCUGAGAUACAAAACUAAAAUUCUCGAAAGUUUCUGCAAAACGCGAUCUAAAAGUUUCACCAUUAGUAGCAGAGAGCUCUAAUAUCGCCCUAUCCCAAAUUUUAUCCGAUAAUAUAGCGCCAAGAUCUCAUGAUCGAUCAAGAAUUAUAUUCACCAUGACUUCUUUUCAGUCCCCAUGGUUCUGAUUGUGGAAUUGUCAAUGUGAAUAUCCCGACAUCCGGCGCUGAAAUCGGUGGAGCCUUUGGAGGCGAGAAAGAGACCGGCGGUGGCCGUGAAAGUGGCUCUGAUUCGUGGAAACAGUACAUGAGAAGGUCCACUUGCACGAUCAACUUUGGAAAGACAUUGCCGCUGGCUCAAGGAAUCAAGUUCGACUUUUGA